AUGGUUAACUUCCGGCCGCGACACCUUCAGCUCUUCGGCGAUUGGCCCAUUUCCACGUGGCUACUGAGGGCGGGGACUGGGAGGGCUGGCCCGGAGGUGCCGGGAGGAGGCUUGCGGCCCAGUGCCCCGCCUCACAGGAAGAAAAAGCCUUUUAUAGAGAAGAAGAAAGCUGUGUCUUUUCACCUGGUCCAUCGGAGUCAACGAGAUCCUUUAGCAGCAGAUGAGACUGCACCCCAGAGGGUUCUGUUACCCACACAGAAAAUAAACGAUGAAGAGAGGCGAGCAGAACAGAGGAAGUAUGGAGUGUUCUUUGAUGAUGACUAUGACUAUCUGCAGCACCUGAGGGAACCAUCUGGGCCCUCAGAGCUUAUUCCCAUAAGUAUUUUCAGUGCACCCGACAGAAGAGACGAAAAAGAGGAAACUUUAGUAAUUUCAACCACGGGAAUUAAGUUGCCUUCAUCAGUAUUUGCAUCAGAGUUUGAGGAAGAUGUUGGAUUGUUGAAUAAAGCAGCUCCUGUUUCAGGACCUCGGCUGGAUUUUGAUCCUGACGUUGUCGCAGCUCUUGAUGAUGAUUUUGACUUUGAUAAUCCAGACAAUCUGCUUGAAGAUGAUUUUAUUCUUCAGGCCAAUAAGCCAACAGAAGAAGAGGGAACGGAUAUACGGAAAUCUGAGGCCGAAGAUGACAGUGAGUGGGAAGACAUGGAUGAUGAGAAGGAAGGAGGUAGUGAUGACGAUAACUAUGGCUCUGCGGGCUCAUCAGAUGAGGCCAUGUCUGUCCCUGGAAAACCUCCCGGGACUGUAGAAAAUCACUUAUUCUGGGAAGAGGAGACGAAAAGUCGCUUUACUGAAUAUUCUUUAACAUCCUCAGUUAUGAGGAGAAAUGAACAGCUGACUCUUCAUGAUGAGAGAUUUGAGAAGGUAAGGUCCCCAAAUAAGGGGCCUUUUAAUACUAGUUCCUGGUAAAUUUCAUAUGACCUU